CUCAAACAAGUCGACCAUCCGGCCUACUGUAGUGUCUUCAGGCCUCCAACUUACUCAUGCUUCUGGUCUGCAAAUCGAUUCGUUCUAAAUACUUAUGCCAACCAUAAAGUCCUAUCUGGACUCCGAUCGGGAUGGGAUACAAGGUGGCAGGCAUCGACAUCCUGCAACGUCCAAUACCUUCAGUUGAUCUUCCGACCGCCCGCUACGAUGGCCUAAACCCAGGAACGAAACUUCUGCCAGCUGGAUUCCAAAAAAGCCCUGAUCAUCGGCCCUUCCGCGCUAGUACAAUCUAUGAGAAAGACAUCGAGAUACCCCUGCGCGAUGGGACCAUUAUUCGCGCAGAUGUCUUCCGUCCCCAGGAGUCCGAAGGCAAAGUGCCAGCCUUGGUGGCAUGGAGCCCUUACGGAAAGAGUGGAAGUGGCCUCUUCAACUUGGGAAUUGUCCCUGGUCGGGUUGGGGUUCCACAGAGCCGGCUUUCGGGAUUCGAAAGCUUCGAGGCCCCAGACCCAGCCGAAUGGACUGCAAGAGGCUUUGCAAUCGUAAAUGUCAAUUCACGGGGUGCAUUUGAUUCUCAGGGCGAUAUCAGGUGGUUUGGUUCGGGCGAAGGUCGAGAUGGACACGACGCCAUCGAACAUCUCGCAACACUCCCCUGGUGCAGCGGGAAGAUUGCCAUGGUGGGAAAUUCAUGGCUUGCAAUGGCGCAAUGGUUCAUCGCCGCUGAGAAGCCUCCUCACCUGACCUGCAUUGCCCCUUUGGAGGGCUGUAGCGAUGUCUAUCGCGAAACGCUUUGCAGAGGAGGCGUGCCGUACUUGUCAUUCUGGGCUUUCCUUGCGCAAAAUGGUGUCUUUGGACGGAAUCAGCAGGAGGAUAUUAUGAGCAUGCUCGAGAAAUACCCAUUCAUGAACGAAUACUGGGCAGACAAACGAGCCAAAUUCGAGAAAAUCAGUAUUCCGGCUUAUGUGCUGGCAAGUUAUUCGACAGGACUUCAUACGAUUGGCUCGUUUCGAGCAUUUCAAGAGCUUCCUACAGAGCACAAGUGGCUUCGUGUCCACCCUACUCAGGAAUGGCACGACCUUUAUACUGAGGAAUGUGUGGAGGAUCUUCAGCGAUACUUUGACCAUUUCCUCAAGGGCGUCCAGAAUCAAUGGGAGAAGACACCGAAAGUCCGUGUAGCAACACUUCGUUUCAAUGAGGAACCUGAAAAGUACCAUGCUUUCCAAGAUUGGCCUGUUCCUGACACCGAAUACCAAAAUCUCUAUUUAUAUGGAAAUGGUCGUCUCCUACCAACUGCACCGUCUGAUCCAGCGACCAGGUCGUACCAGUCAGACAGCCCCGCGCUACAAAUGGACACCGACUCAGAGGAGCUGUGCUUCGAGCACACUUUCGACGAACGCAGGUAUAUCAUCGGGUAUUCGCAGGCGAUACUCUAUAUGUCUUGCGCAGAACAUGAUGACAUGGAUGUGUUCGUGCAGCUACGAAAAGCGGACGCAAACGGCAACAUUCUACAGAACAUCAAUAUUCCCCGCAGCGACCUACUGAUACAGGCUCCAGAUGUCGAAAGCAUCAACCCCAACAAGUACCUUGGUCCAACAGGUAUCCUGCGUGCAAGUCGGCGCAGGGUAGACCCACAACUAUCAAAGCCCCAUUGGCUGCUUCACUGCCACUCGGAGGAUGAAAAAGUCACUCCUGGGCAGAUUGUUAAGUUGGAGAUCGGCAUAUGGCCCACGGGUAUCGUCUUCGAGGCUGGAGAAAAACUGGUCCUAAAGAUUUCUGGCCACCAGAUGACAUUGGCUGAGUUUGAGCCUUUGAGAGGGGCUUUCAAGACUGGCAACCAGGGACGCCAUAUCGUGCACAUUGGACGGGAGUAUCCCAGUCAUGUGAUUGUGCCAUUCACACACAUAUAAGGGAACAACCCGAAUACAGACCCCCUAGACAAACAGUGGCAAUGCAAUCAUAGGGCAAUAAGCCCAGACCCUU